AUUUCCCCUCUAAAAACGCAUCUGAUGCUCCACCAUUUCUCUCUCUCUCUCUCUCUCUCUCUCUCUCUCUGCAAGUGUUCUUUGCAUUCUUCAGCAUCUUGGAAGGAAAAUGAGCUUCUUCAUCGAAGAUUCAGGUCUUAUCGUCACCCACGUUCUCUACAAAACGGCCGUUAUCAUCGCCGUUUUGAGAUGGAUCCUCGCUUGGAUCCUCCGUUACCGAUCCAGAUCAUCCGGGUCAACCCAACCCAGAUCUGCCUCCUCUCCGUCGGUUUCGUCUCAGGCGAUCAAGGAAAGCCUCGCCGUGACGACGUUCCGCGACGUGGCGGAGAGAUAUCCGGAGAGGAUCAGCGAUACCUGCGCCGUGUGCUUAGUGAACCUGGGAGACCAAGACGAGGUCAGAGAGCUCAGGAACUGUUGCCACGUGUUUCAUCGGGAGUGUAUCGACCGGUGGCUUGACUAUGACCACGAGGGCGGCGACGACAACCACCGGACAUGUCCGAUGUGUAGGGCGCCGUUGCUUACAGCUUAUACCAAUUGCCUUAUUCCCAUUAUUAAAUUUCUUUUGGCUUCUCUACCUUUUCGGAGACGAUCUACUUCCCUGAAUUUUUAUUUUUUGUUUUAA